AUGUGCUCAAAUAUUUCUCUGCGAUCUGUCCGAUCAACCCAUCCCACCCCUCGGCAACCUCGUUCCUAUUUCGAUCUGGCCUCCCUCCACACUUUCCCUCCGUCGUAUCAGCCGCUGUCCAACCCCGCAGCCCAACGUCUACAUGGCUCAUGUUGCCGACUCCGACGAGGAGCCGGCACCCGAUAUUUGUCCCCAAGCCGGCGGCUCCUUCGUCAGUAUCAUAGGAUAGGGCGUGAAGGGGGUACCGCAAUCCGUCCGCCGGCGUGCUGA